AUGGUUGCUCGUCUUUGGCUCACCUUCAUGAUCCAGUGGAUGCUGCUGUUUGCCCCAGGGUGUGAUGGCUGGCAGUGUAGAAACUCGGAGAUGCCAGACUCACCUAUUAGAAAUCUGACACUGAACCGGAGGAAAAUGGAACUGAGCUGGGUGAGCAGCACGAAAUUCACUCAGUAUUGGUGUUCUGAUGGGAAUAUAAAGAUAAAGGCAGGAAAAACAACCUGUAAGUUUGAAAGAAGUAUAUCUCUUCCUCUACAUAACGGUGCAAAUUUUUCAGUUACAGCAGCGAACAUCAACACUACAUAUACAAGCACAUGCACAUUUAUUCCGCAAGGCAUGCCCGGGACAGCCAUUAGAAAUUUCUCCUGUGUGAUUUACAAUGUUUCCUUUAUGAACUGCACUUGGAGUGCGGGCAGGGAUGCUCCAGGCGAUACCCAGUAUUUUCUCUACUGGGAGAACUCAAGAGAAGAAGAGGAAAAGCAAUGUGAGCUUUAUGUUAAAGACGAAAAUGGGAGACACAUAGGAUGUCAAUUCCAAAAUGUGGCCAUGAAAGAUAAUACAAUUACCUACUUCGUAGUGAAUGGUUCUAGCAAAGACACCCUGAUUCGGUUCUAUGAUGAGUACAUUAGACUGUACAACAUUGAAAAGUUCAUGCCCCCAUUAAAUAUCACUGCUAACUGUAAUGGAAAUCAAGAAGAUUGCCUUAUUCAUUGGCAGCAACCAAAAAUAAGUCGUUCAGGAAAAGAUGAGUGUUUUCAAUAUGAAGUUAUUAUAAAAUAUAAGGUGCAAAGACUCGCACUUGCAUCUGGUGAAUUUCAUGAGGUUUCUGACAGUGCAUAUCCCUACUCAUUUCAAAAUUUUAAUCCAAAAAAGAGGUACCGUGUGAAAGUCAGAGCAGCUGGCAAUGACGUCUGUCUGGUAAACACAGCCUGGGGGGAAUGGAGUGCACCUCUUGAGUUUGGAAAUGAAGAAGUUAUAUCUCCUUCAAUAUUGGCCUUAAUUAUUGCUGUAGUUGCAACACUCUUAGUGGCAAUCCUCACAAUUUUGUUCUGCAAAAGGACUGGCUAUUGGAAAGCAGCAUUCCCACAAAUCCCAGAGCCCAAAAACACAUUUAGGGUACUUCCUGAUACAACUCCAGAGACUGAGUGCAAAAUGCAGUCAAUAACAGCAGAACCUGAAGAGAUAAUAUUAGUUGCUGAACUAGUGAAAUAACCAAAGUAAAAUGAGGAACCCACAAGUGUUUUUCUCAGCUCAGAUGACACUUAUC